CUUAUCAUUCUCCGUGUAGGUGUCCUGGGCCACCCGAGGAUGCUGUCCUGGCUUCUUGUCUUCUCUACCUUGGUUCUUCUGGCACAGGGUGUUUCCUCCUGGGAAAAACCACAAACUGGUCAGGUGUCAGAAGGACUGCAGCAACUGUUUGGCAACAUCUCCCAACUAUUUGAGAAAGGCAUACUAGGCCGUGAUGAUGUCUUCACUAUGGUUUCUCGUGAGGAAUGGGGGGCAGAAGCAAUUGGCUGCAGCUCUAAGCUGAGCAGGCCAGUGGAUGUCCUUGUCAUACACCAUAUCCCUGGACUAGAGUGCCACAACAAAACUGUCUGUAGCCAGAAGCUUCGGGAACUACAGGCCUAUCACAUCCACAACAGCUGGUGUGAUGUGGCUUACAAUUUCCUGGUUGGGGAUGAUGGCAGAGUAUAUGAAGGUGUUGGUUGGAAUGUCCAAGGCUCUCAUGACCAGGGCUACAACAACAUCUCCUUAGGUAUCGCCUUCUUUGGCACCCAAGAAGGCCAUAGUCCCAGUGCUGUUGCUCUGUCAGCCUUGAAGGGCCUGAUUUCCUAUGCUGUGAAGAAGGGCCACUUGUCAUCCAAGUACAUCCAGCCAUUGCUUGCGAAAAGUGAAGACUGCUUGGUCCCUCCACAGAAGGGGAAACAGAAGAAAGCAGCUUGUCCCCACAUAGUUCCACGGUCUGUUUGGCGGGCAAGAGACUCCCACUGCUCCAGAAUGACUCUCCCUGCAAAGUAUGCCAUCAUUCUUCAUACUGCUGGGAGAACAUGCAGUCAGCCUGAUGAGUGCCGCCUGCUGGUCCGAGAUCUCCAGUCGUUCUUCAUGAACAGGCUAAAUGCAUGUGACAUUGGGUAUAACUUCCUUGUGGGCCAGGAUGGUGGUGUUUAUGAAGGAGUAGGCUGGAAUAACCAAGGUUCCAAGACUGAUAGCUACAAUGACAUCGCUUUGAGUAUCACCUUCAUGGGCACCUUCACAGGUUCCCCACCCAAUGCAGCUGCACUGGAGGCUGCCCAGGACUUGAUCCGGUGUGCUGUGGUCAAGGGGUACCUGACCCCCAACUACCUGCUAAUGGGCCACAGUGAUGUGUCCAACACUCUGUCCCCUGGGCAGGCAUUGUACAACAUUAUCAAGACGUGGCCCCAUUUCAAGCACUGAGGGAAGCCCUAUCCCUAUCUGAGGAUGCUCUUCCUCCUGCUGGGUGUCUGUCUUUACCUUUCACCUUGGAUUAGUAUAUCUGUCCUCUCAUUUCAAAAACUUUACCUUGUUCACUUCCUAGGUUGGGAUGACCUUGUCCUCUCUUGGUGACAUUUACCAGUGUCCCCAAGUUUUGCACUUAUAGUCCCUUGAGCCUGAGUCAAGGCUCUUCUCUCCUGGGUACUUGUCUGCUCAACAAGACCAGGUAAUGGGCUGAUUCUUGUCAUACCUUAUUCCCUAGUUGUCUGCCCCCCUGUCUGGUACCUAUGGUCAGUCUGGUACCUAUGGCCUGUCUGGUAGUUUCCAGCGCUCAUCCAUAGCCCAGGGAGAAUGCUCUCACCACCUCUGCUCACACAUCCACUUGUGCAUAUGUGAAUGCUCCCUUGAAAACAUACAGGUCCUCUUCCAGAUUAUGAGUUUUUCCAGGACAGCUGCAGAAUUUUCUUUCCUACUAGGUAGCCUGUGUCAGUUCUUGAUUUGUUUUUAAAUGUUUCUAGAUAUUAUAGAUGUUUGUUGGAGAAAUGGAGGAACAAAUUAAAGGCCCCAGUCCUUUUCCAAAGGUUUGCCAUCACCCCUCUGUGGAAACCUUGCUGUCCAAUUUCCCAUACUGCCAUUAUUCUUGGCACUGGUACUUCUUGGUUGGAGGCUCAGAGCUGUCUAUGGUGACUUGUCCAUAACACGUGCCAUGUCUCUGAAGUCCUGUGCCAUUGUAUCCAUAGAGCACCCUGAGUGCCAGGACCAUAUGCUCUUCCAAGAGCAAGGCAGACUGCCAACACUUGCUGCCCAGUACUGUGGCCUGCCUUUACCUGGAUGAGCCCUGCUGGUCUCUGAAACCCUCCCUACCUUCAUAAUUCGUUGUAAGCACAUGAAGCCUUAUCUUACUCCGUGUUUUUCUGAAAAAUGGAUGGGAGAGUAAGAGGAAAAGAGGAGAGAUGAAUAAAAAGAAUAUAGUGUAGAGAUUGUCUUGUUAAAAUUUUCAUAAAAUAAAGUUUUAUCUUAUUUUAU